AUGGAAUUGGCAAAGAACGAAAGCUAUAUAGUAGAAGAAAACAUUCAUUCAAAUGAGAAAAUCAACAAGAUAGCAGGUACAGGAACAAAACCACCCCAUUUUUCUCCUACUUGGAACAAAAAGUUAAAGUCUCCAUUUGAACGCCUCAAAGGUAAAUGCUAUUGUUGUGGAUCACCUAGACACAGGGCACAUCAGUGUAAAUUUAUCGGAGAAAUAUGUAAGAAAUGCAACAAACAAGGGCAUAUUGCUAGCGUAUGUUUAGGCACAAAACAAACAGAAAUUCAUUGUACCGAAACUGACAAUACUAUAGACUAUUAUAAGGAAGAGAAACAAGAGGUUUUUAAGAUACACAACCAGAGUGCCGGUAAUGACAAGUUAAUGGUCGAGAUACUUAUUGAAGGUAAACCUGUGCGGAUGGAGUUAGAUACUGGAGCAGCAAUAAGUAUUCUACCAUACUCUACCUUCAAAAGUCUCAACAUAAAUAAAAAGAUUUUCCACACAAACAUAGAACUAAGGACAUACUCAAGCGAAAUAAUCAAACCCCGGGGUGUCGUCUUUGUAGAAUGCACUUACAAUGAUCAGGUGUUUGUUGGGAAACUCUACAUAAUGAACCAAAAUUUCGAUGCAAUUUUUGGAAGAGAAUGGAUUAGAGAGGUCAAACUGGAUUGGGCAGAAAUUAAAACAGUUAGUAACAAUACUACAUCUACUGCACUCGAAGAUCUUUUGGAUGAAUUCAAGGAAUUAUUUGAACCAGGAGUAGGACUCAUACCUCACAAAAAAGCACACUUACAGCUUGUUGAAGGGGCAAGACCUAUUUUUGUGAAGGCUCGUCCAGUCCCAUAUGCACUAACUGAAAAAGUAGAACUCGAGUUGAAUCGUCUGGAAGAAGCUGGAAUCAUUUCCAAAACAGACAAGUCCGAUUGGGGUACUCCAAUUGUACCUGUAGUAAAGCCUAAUGGUAACAUACGAAUAUGCGCUGAUUACAAGGUUACAGUAAAUAAACAAAUCAAAGAAGAACAUCAUCCAAUACCUCGGAUCGAAGACAUUUUUGCUCAAAUGAAUGGAGGACAGUUGUUCUGUACUUUGGAUUUAAGUAACGCUUAUCUCCACUUGGAAAUGGAUGCUGAGAGUGCAGAAAUUCAAACUUUGAGCACUCAUAAAGGACAAUACAUAGUUAACAGACUGAUGUUUGGUGUAAAAGUUGCUCCAGGAGUUUGGCAAAAGGUGAUGGACGGAAUCCUUCAAGACCUUCAAGGUGUUCAGUGCUUCUUCGACGAUAUAAUAAUUCAAGGAACGUCAUCAAAAGAACUACUAGAAAGACUAAAGCAAGUGUUUGAGCGUUUAAGGAGUCAAAAUUUGAAGUUGAACCGUGACAAGUGCAAAUUUUUUCAAAAGAAAAUUGAAUACUUAGGACAUGUUAUUGACGCCACUGGAAUCCACAAAAGUAAGGAUAAAAUCACAGCAAUUACAAAUGCACGAAGGCCUCAAAACAUACAGGAACUCCGAUCUUUCCUAGGGCUUGUUAAUUACUACAACCGGUUUGUAAAGAAUUUGUCCACUGUUUUAAAUCCUUUACAUGGACUUCUAAAAAAAGGGCAGUCAUUCAUAUGGGACAGUAAGUGUGAAGAAAGUUUCCAAAACAUCAAGAAAAGAAUAACAAGUGACACAGUUCUUUGUCACUUAAACCCAGACCUGCCAUUGAUCCUUGCAACUGACGCUUCACCAGUGGGACUUGGAGCAGUGAUAUCACAUCGUUUCCCAGAUGGAAGUGAAAAGCCUAUAGCUUUUGCUUCAAGAUCAUUGACCAAUGCUGAAAAACAUUACAGCCAAAUCGAUAAAGAAGCCACAGGUAUAUACUGGGGGUUGAAGAAAUUUUUUUCUUAUUGCUACGGACGUCAUUUCACACUCAUCACGGACCAUAAACCAUUAGUGUCAAUCUUCAAUCCCAACAAGAGCCUACCGUCAAUGUCAGCUACGCGACUAUUCAACUACUCCCAUUUUUUAUCAGGAUUUAACUACACAAUUGAAUUCAAGAGAACUGGUGACCAUGGGAAUGCAGAUUUCCUCUCAAGAUUUCCUGUGGAAGAUUCAAAAUUUACAAGUAUUGACCAGUUUGGACAUUUUCAAACAAACCAAUUGAACACCAUAACUAUCAAUCCCAAAGAACUAGCCGAAGAAACUAAGAAGGACGCAUAUCUAAAACAAAUUCUUGAGGCUCUUGAGGAGGGUCAAUCAUUAGAGCCAUUGGGAUUUCACGAUAAUGAAGUUACAUUACAUGAAGGAUGCCUCUUCAAAGGGUGGAAAGUAAUCAUACCAAAUUCCCUCAAGAAAAGAAUUCUCAAUGAACUACACUACGGGCACAUUGGUAAAGUAAAAACCAAAGCUUUGGCAAGAAGUUACUGCUUUUGGAGAGGAAUGGAUAAAGACAUUGAAAACAUGAUUGCUGUUUGCAAGCCUUGUCGUGAGAAACAAAAUUCUCCAACGAAAGAGAUCAACCAUCCUUGGGAACCAGCAACUCAGCCAUGGGAGAGAAUACAUAUAGAUUUCAUGGGCCCAACAAAUGGACAACAAUUUUUUAUUGUUGUUGAUGCCUUCUCCAAAUGGGUAGAGGUAAUACCCACAAAAACAGCAACUACCGAUUGGACUAUUAAGGAGUUGAAGAAACUUUUUAGUACUUUUGGUCUUCCAAGCCUCCUAAUUUCAGACAAUGGACGAAGUUUCACUUCUCUUACUUUUCAAGAGUUUCUUAAGUCAUGUGGAACUCAACACAAAAAGACUGCUCCGUUCCACCCAUCAUCUAAUGGACAAGCUGAACGCUUUGUACAAACAGUGAAGAAGAUGUUGAAGUUGAUAUUAGAUGAACCAGGAACACUUGACAGUAAAAUUCACAAGGCGUUAAUUCAACUCCGUCAAGUACCAAACUCAACAGGAAACUCGGCAUACUAUCUCAUGUUCAACACACAAGUAAGAACAUACCUCAGUGUUAUGAUACCUUCUAGAAUCGAGGACUCAAAAGACAAACCUAAAGGUAUAACACGCAUAUUUAAGGUGGGAGACCGUGUUCAAGUGAUAAACUACUACAAGGGUCAGACAAAAUGGAGUUUCGGAAAAGUUACAUCAAGAGAUGGAAAUCUACAUUACAACGUUGAACUGGAGAACGGAGUAACAUGCAGACGACAUGUAGAUCAAAUGCUGCGAUCAAGACUUUAA